AUGGCCUCCGCCGUCGCCGACGCCGAGACGCUGCCACGGCCGCCGGAAAAUCAGCCUGCUCGUGGGCGUGCUGACCAUGCCGAGCCGGCGGGAGUGGCGGGACAUCGUAUGGAUGGCCUAUGCGCUGCAGCCGGCGCUGGCGGCGCCCGCGGGCGUGGCGCGUGGGGACGUCCGCUUUGUCUUCUGCAACGUGAGUACGUGACUGACCCGGUGGACGCCGCGCUGAUGGCGGUGGAGGCCGGCGCAAAGAUUUACAUGCUGGUGCUCGACUGCACCGAGAACAUGAACGACGACAGAGAAAGACUCCGCCCUGAAUCUUGGCUGGGAGAAGCUGGAAGAUGUCGUAAAUCUGCAUUUCACCAAAGAAAUAAAGCCAGCAGCCAUAAAUCAGUCAGAGAAGGAUAA